AUGACAAGCAAGAGAGUUGACGCUUAUGACUACACCCCAGAUUCUGUGAUGUUUGUUAUUCUAUCUUGCACCAUUGCUGUGGGGACUAAUCUCAGCCAGUUCAUCUGCAUCGGUAGAUUUACUGCUGUUUCUUUCCAAGUAAUUGGCCAUAUGAAGACUAUCCUUGUCUUGAUCAUGGGCUUCCUCUUCUUUGGGAAGGAGGGUCUCAAUCUCCAAGUAGUCAUCGUCAUGAUCAUAGCUGUAGUUGGAAUGAUCUGGUAUGGCAAUGCGUCAUCUAAGCCUGGGGGGAAGGAGCGCCGAAGCCAUUCACUUCCUACCAGCAGACAACAUAAACACGGUAGUUUGUCGGAGUCCACCGAAAUAGAUGGGAAAGUUUGA